ACAAGUAUUUUGAUACCGGCGCGAGUGGAAGCAGCACUGAUGAGUCGUAUCUUGUGCCGAGGAGUGCUGUCGCUUCGCGUGAUCUCUGCACCGAUGGCUCGAAACGCUAGCUACCUCAUUGAGGACCCUAAAUAUUCCUUCUUGAAGGAUUUGGGAUUGGAGAAGAAGAAUGUGGGUGUUUUCAAUGGGAAAUGGCAGGCUAAUGGACAGGUAAUCCAAUCCUUCAGCCCAGCCAACGGCAAGGUCAUAGCCGAAGUCCAGGCGGCCAGUCCAUCUGACUACGAGUCAUGUGCCGCGGCCGCACAGGAGGCUUGGCGAGAAUGGGCAGAACUCCCGGCGCCGACGAGAGGAGAGGUUGUUCGGCAGAUCGGAGACGCGCUGAGGGAGAAACUUCAGCCCUUGGGGCAGCUUGUGUCUCUUGAGAUGGGUAAAAUCCUCCCCGAGGCCAUUGGUGAAGUGGUGGAGUACAUCCACGUAUGCGACCUGGCUUUGGGCCUGUCCCGCUCUUUGCCCGGCACUAUCCUGCCUUCGGAGCGUCCUGGUCACGUGCUCAUUGAGAAGUGGAACCCACUGGGAGCUAUCGGCAUUAUUACCGCGUUCAACUUCCCGGUGGCUGUGUUUGGUUGGAACAGCGCUAUUGCCAUGGUUUGCGGCGACACAAGCGUAUGGAAGCCCUCAGACACGACCCCUUUGAUCGCGGUCGCUGUCACCAAAAUCGUUGAGAGCGUUCUCGUCAAGAACAAUAUCCCUGGCGCCGUGGCUUCCCUGUGCGUUGGCGGUAAAGAUGUGGGGCAACAGUUGGUUAAGGACCCGAGGAUGAAGCUGGUUUCAUUCACUGGCAGCACUGCUGUUGGACAACAGGUCGGAGUAGAAGUACAGAAGCGCUUCGGGCGCCACCUACUGGAGCUUGGCGGCAACAACGCCAUCAUCGUCAACGAGGACGCCAACCUCGACUUGCUUCUACAAGCAGCUCUGUUCGCCUGCGCCGGUACUGCGGGCCAGCGCUGUACUACGACCCGUAGGCUGCUGCUGCAUAAGAAGGUGUACAGCGAAGUCGUCUCCCGCCUCACCAAGGCCUUCGCCGGCGUAGUGAGCAAGAUCGGCGACCCGCUUCUGUCCGAGACCCUUAUUGGGCCUCUGCACACGCCCGCCGCCGUUGAGGCUUACAAGAAGACUGUUGCUGAAAUCGUUAAGGCCGGCGGCAAAAUCGAGUUCGGUGGAAAGGUGAUCGAGCGCGAAGGCUACUUCGUGGAGCCCACCAUCGUCACAGGCCUGCCCCACAACCACCCUCUCGUCCACACAGAGUGCUUCGCUCCGAUUGUCUACUGUCUGGAGAUCCCGGACUUAGCUACCGGCAUCAGUUACAACAACGAAGUGGAACAGGGACUUUCUUCGAGUCUAUUCACUGAGAGCUUGGCUGAUAUCUUCAAGUGGAUCGGCCCCACCGGGUCUGACUGCGGUAUCGUGAAUGUGAACAUUCCAACCAACGGCGCCGAGGUCGGCGGCGCCUUCGGCGGCGAGAAGGCCACCGGCGGCGGCCGCGAGUGCGGCUCAGACAGCUGGAAGAGCUACAUGCGACGCUCUACUGUCACUAUCAAUUACUCUGGCGCGAUCAAGCUGGCGCAGAAUAUUAAGUUUGGCGACGAGUAAAAGUCGACGAUAUUAUAUUUUUCAUUGAAAGUUUUGUUUAAGACUGAUCACUAUUUUAAUAAAGCCAUUUAUACGUU